UAAAGAGAAAAGCCGACUGACUUUCCCGGCCUCCUGGGGACGCCCCCGGGCUCCAGAACCCCCGCUCCGAACGAGCGAGGUGGACUCGCCUGGCUGCGGGUCCCGCCUGACCUGCUCCUGCCCCGGGCGCCCCGGGCCGCACCUUUUAGGGACAGGGGGGAGGGGCACAAAAGGCCGGUACUCGGGGCCUCGGUCCCAGAGCCGACUGGAGUGGGGGGGCAGCAGCCCUGCAGGCGACUGGGUGGGAAGGAGGCGGGGCUUCGUGAUGGCGGGGGCGGAGCAAUCGCGGGGAGGAGCUUUCCUGAGUGGGCGUGGCUUAAAAUGGAAAUGGGCUGGACUUGAAGGAUGGAAGGGACGUACCUGGGGCUAAGUGGAGAAAUGGGGCUCAGGGAGAAGGUGGGCGCGGCUUAGAGUGGAAGGGAAGUAGUUGGUCUAGGAGUAGGCACGGUGAGGUGAUGGGAUUGUGGUGUGCAAUUUGGCUAGUUGUAGUGGAAUUAGUAAGUCUUCGUAACCUAAGUGCAGUGACUUAGAGGGGUGGGGAGGGACUCCCAGGGGAAGGCGUUGCAAAGGACGGCUUCCUUCCAGGCUAGGUUUCAAGGAAAAACUGAGUGGCGUUUUGGAGGCAGACGGAGAAGAGGAGGUGGGACUUAGGGAACUCAGAGGAACUUAGCAAAUAGUAGUAAUCAGAACAGCUUGCCUGUCGAGCCCUUGCUGUGCCCUAAGUAAGCGCGCAGUGUGCAUUGCCAGUCUUGUGUAGUCCUCACCUCCACUCCAUGAGAGAGAGCCUCCAUUCGCCACUGCCCUCGCACCACGCCAUCAUGGAUGAUGCCCCGCUGCCAGUGCCCCCGGUCCCGGCCCCGGCCCCAGCACCUCCCGCUGCAGCUCCCCGGGUCCCAUUUCACUGCAGUGAGUGUGGCAAGAGCUUCCGCUACCGCUCGGACCUUCGGCGCCACUUCGCCCGGCACACUGCACUCAAACCCCACGCGUGUCCACGCUGUGGCAAGGGCUUCAAACACAGCUUCAACCUGGCCAACCACCUGCGUUCGCACACCGGCGAGCGGCCCUACCGCUGCUCUGCCUGCCCUAAAGGGUUCCGAGACUCCACCGGCCUGCUGCACCACCAGGUCGUCCACACUGGCGAGAAGCCCUACUGCUGCCUGGUCUGCGAGCUCCGCUUCUCCUCGCGCUCCAGCCUGGGCCGCCACCUCAAGCGCCAGCACCGCGGGGUACUCCCGUCCCCUCUGCAAUCCGGCCCUGGCCUGCCGGCCCUGAGCGCGCCCUGCUCCGUCUGCUGCAAUGUCGGGCCCUGCUCGGUGUGCGGGGGCGCGGGGGCCGGUGGCGGAGAGGGCCCAGAGGGGGCAGGCGCGGGCCCAGGCAGCUGGGGGCUGGCAGAGGCCGCCGCCGCCGCCGCCUCGCUCCCCCCCUUUGCGUGUGGAGCCUGCGCCCGGCGCUUUGACCAUGGCCGCGAGCUGGCGGCCCACUGGGCGGCGCACACGGAUGUGAAGCCCUUCAAGUGCCCGCGCUGCGAGCGCGAUUUCAAUGCUCCCGCGCUGCUGGAGCGGCACAAGCUGACGCACGACCUGCAGGGCCCGGGCGCACCCCCUGUGCAGGCCUGGGCCCCGGGGGCCAGCGCUGGGCCCGCCCCCGGCCGGCGACCCAACGGCGAGGGCGGCGGAGCCGAGGCGGCCCCCGUGGCCCCGGAGGGGGAGCCCGCGUCCGGGGAGGCCGCGUCCAGCUCCGGCCGGGGCAAGAAGAUCUUCGGCUGCUCCGAGUGCGAGAAGCUGUUCCGCUCGCCGCGCGACCUGGAGCGCCACGUGCUGGUGCACACGGGCGAGAAGCCGUUCCCAUGCCUCGAGUGCGGCAAGUUCUUUCGCCACGAGUGCUACCUCAAGCGCCACCGGCUGCUGCACGGCACCGAGAGGCCCUUCCCCUGCCACAUCUGCGGCAAGGGCUUCAUCACGCUCAGCAACCUCUCGCGGCACCUGAAGCUGCACCGGGGCAUGGACUGACCCGCCAGGCCGCGCCUCCGCCCCACCGCCCCUCCCCAGGGGCUGCACUCAGGACCCGGGGCCAGUUCCCCGGGCCCUGCCGUCAGGGGACCCCGGCUGGAGAUAGGGGGGCCACCAGACACCCACACAGGCCCCUGAGCUGGGGGCAGCAACUAAACGGAGAGACUCCUCAGCUCCGGGGUCCGGGAUAUAGGAAGAGACUCCCGAGCUUUGGGGCCCCUGGAAUAAAUGCUGGGCACCCCCAAAUCCACAGGUUUCCCCAAGCUGUGGGGACCUAGCAAUGAAAAAAUGGGUCUCUACAAGUACUUCUCAUGUUGAGGACCCUAGUAAUAAAAGAUGGGCAUCCUUCCCCCAAAGGAAGACUGCCCUUCUCCCCAAGAGCCAUCAUUCCCAACGACCUUGAUCUGGAAAUGGGGGGACAUGCCCCGAAUUUCCUUGGAUCCCCCCAAAUGCUACCCACCAGUCACUGGUGCCCCUUCCCCAAAACAAUGGAUAUAGCCGGAUCUGCCUUCCCCCCCAACCCCAUUUCAUUCCUUAUGCUGAAAGAGGACCAGGGUAGAUGCCCCCUGCCCUCACCCCCCCUCCCCAAUUAGGUCUCCCUCCCCUACUGCAGAAUGGAUCCACCCUAAUGAUCUUCCCCAUCCCAAACACUAGAAUAGGCUGGUUUGAAAUCCCUCCUGCCCAGUAGAAUGAACUGAGUCAGAUACACACCCCUGUCCACUGGAAUGGGCUGGCCCAGGUUGUGGCCUGCACCCCACCCUCCUUAGGCGAAUAUGGCAGACACUCCCCCCUUCCUGUAGAGUGCGGGCCAGUCCUCAUCAUUCCCCGUCCUGUGAGCUCAUCUGAGUGGGAGGCGGUGGACAUUGGGGUUUUCCUCCCGCUCUGCCGGAGCACCUGUCUUUCCAUCUCUGUUGGUUUGUCUGUCUCUGUGUUCCUCUCAACCCCAAGGGGAAGGGGGGUUUGGCCAAGGGGUUUCCCCCUGUGAGCCUCAACCUUGCCCCUCAUCCCACUCCCUAAUGUCUCCAGGACCCCAAUAAACCUCGUCCUGUCAGUCA